AUGAACCUGCGCGAUGCGGAGAGCGGGAAGAUUCUGUGGCAAAGCUCGGAGGAUAUGGCCGAUCCGACGCAUGAGCAUGAAGCCCAUGUCCCGCAGAGCAUCCUGAAGUGUCGUACCGUGUCCCGGGAGAUCAACUUCACGUCAGCCGAGAAAAUCGACAAGUUCAGGCUGGAGCAACGGGUCUUUUUGAAGGGGAAUAUCAUCGAGGAAUGGUUCUUCGAAUUCGGCUUUGUCAUCCCGCAGUCGACGAACACUUGGCAGAACCUGAUCGAGGCGGCCCCCGAAUCGCAAAUGUUGCCAGCGGCGUUGCUCAGUGGUAAUGUGGUGAUCGAGACAUCGUUCUUCGAUGAUGAUCUCCUCGUCUCGACCUCGACCGUCCGCCUAUUUUACGAC